UCAGAGCUGGCAGAAAUAAUACUGAUACUGAAACACGUUUGAACACCACGUGGGGUUGUUUAUGAUGGAGCCAUACCGGUCACGUGACUCUGAAUCCGGAAGUAGGCAUCAAAACACGUCUCAUCUAAACGGAGAUUAAACCAUGAUGACCUUCAGGCUGGGCCUCAUUGCAGCCUUUAUCGUGGCUCAGAUUGUGUCUGCGAGCAGCUCGACUCAAACCCUCGACCCGAACGUGGUCAAAGCGGCCAACUUUGCCAUCGAGUUCCACAAUCGCAUGACGAACUGUGCUUAUGCGUAUAAAGUCGUGGAGAUCCUGUCUUACUCUGCUCAGAUCUACCCUCCUGCCAGGGUGAAGUACUCCAUAGAAGUACGAGCAGCUCAAACGGCCUGCAGAAACGACGGCAGCGUGAACCCAGAGGAUUGCGACGUUGUGGCUGACGCACAGACGAUGAUCUGCAGCUUCGUGGUUCUGGCAGUUCCUGGAGAGAACACAGUUCCUGAAUACGUCCUGUCACAGCAAUGUGCCUGAUGUGUCAUUCUUCAGAUUCUUUAAAUUAAUCGCACAAAAAAAAAACCAACAACAACAAAAUGUAAUCAAACACUAUGCGACAUGCUUUUGUAGGAAAAUAAUCAACGACGACGUGACAUAACGCAUCUCGGACAGAAGCCGAUUAUUGUCCUGGUGUUUGAUGUUCUUUUAUACCACAGCAGGCUACUUGCUGUCAUCGCUUUAGUUCCAGCAGCCGUAAUAGAGUCGUCUUGUGUCCUAAAAAGACUUGAAUGUCUUCUCAUAGAAAACUUUUUGAAAUUGUUUAUCGUCGCCGCGGAUUCGGUUACGUGGCAUUUCUGUAAGGAAACGAUGACCCUUCUGACCAGUCAGUAUCGAGAACUCAGCGCUGUGGUAUAAGUUUAUCCCUAUUUGAACAUUAGAUAGAAAAAUCUAAUAGCACUUUUAAGCACUUUUUUUGUUACUGAAACGAAUAUGGCAUUAUUUUAUUAUUCCAUAUUAUUAGUGUGUUAUUGAGGUUUUAGUGUAGAAACUAAACUAAUGAAUUGUAAGCAGUGGAGAAGGGUGCCAAUACUUUAUUCACAGAGAUGGUUUAAAGUGUGAAGUUCUCAAAGCUGUGGGAGUCACUCCACACUGCAUAAGACAAGAACACUGGGAACUCUGAAGGAUCUCUGAAGGUGUCUGUUAAUGGUGCAACAGGGAAGAAUCCUAAUAUAAUGCGAAAAAGA